CUCCGAGGUGCCCCCUAUAUAACAACGGACCUGAUAAAGCUUUUCCGCCAUUUUCACGUUCCCGUCCUCUGCGAAAUCCUCACAGAUCUCUCUCCGUCAGACCGCUAACACAGGCGACGACUCUACUGCUUCCAUGGAUUCAUUUGAGUGCGAUGCCAUGUCCAUGGAGAAAGAAGCCUCCCCGCCGUCAGAUCCAAACAGCACCACCACCACCGUCUCGACUUCAUCACCACCUGCCUCGAUCCUUGCGCCGCACUCACCACCUUCCGUCCACACCGAUGACGCGCAAAAGAAGCAGCAAUUUAGCACCAAUUUCACUGCUCUGUACCGCUCGAUUUUCCCGCCCAAAUUUUCUUCCCCUAGCGACACCACGACGAGCUCACCGCCUCCGCGCUCCUCCGCCUCAUCCUCUGAUCUCAACCAAUAUGCCUCCGGCAAGAGCUCCGCUACCAAGUCAGACGCUGAUCAUCGACUCGAGCAGGCUCGACUUGUCGUGGAUUAUGAGAACCUCUGUGAUCGCUACAGUAUCUGCAGAUCUGAGCUCCAGGACCUCACCAACGAGAUCAGCGCACUAAGAAGGGAGAAUGCAUCCCUCCGAGUAACCAACAAAGAACUCGCCAAGCUACUCAGCCUCUCAGUCUCCUCGCAGUCCACAAUGCAUGACUGCUUCCGCCGUCUCAACCUCGUCGAAUCUGGAUCUGACUUUAGUGGAGACGAGCAGUCCACCUACAGUCCAACUAGCGUUGUAGAACAGAGCCGCUUCGAGAGGACUGAUCCGGAGAGGGUUUGGCUUCCGAAGAGCAUUUCAGUCCGGUCCAGUAGCUAUCUCAAGGCCAAUCAAUCUGCUACAAACAGCGGCAGCUCGAGUCGGACGGCGAGUCAGCUGCGAGCAGCUACUGAACUCGAAGGAAAGGUGCAGCAGCGGAUGUAUCUGCCUGGAGCAAAGAAGGAGCUGGAGGUGUACAGUCAGGGGAUGUUCAAGACAGAGCUGUGCAACAAGUGGCAGGAGACCGGCGCUUGCCCGUAUGGAGACCAUUGCCAGUUUGCCCACGGCAUAGCAGAGCUGAGGCCAGUGAUCAGGCACCCACGCUACAAGACAGAGGUCUGCAGGAUGGUCCUUGCUGGGGAUAACUGCCCUUACGGCCACCGCUGCCACUUCCGCCACUCCCUCACCGAGCAGGAGAUGAUGCUUGCUGGGGCUUCACCCCGUUGAGCCAUGUCCCUCCAGUCUAGUCUGGUCAGGAUUCUACAUCAAACUCUAUAUGGCAUCAUUUCAUUUUGUUAAUAAUUUUCUGGGGGAACGUUGACGUUAAGUCUGCUGCUGUACAUAAUAUAGUGCAUAUAGCGUACAUUGAUGCAGGCGAAGUUAUCAUCAGGUAUAAGGAAUAAUAAUCACUCCUGGGCUACACGAAUGGGAACUACUAGUGGGUGAAUAACGGUAUAGAUAGUAAAAGAGGAGAGUAUAAGUACUUUGCGCAGGUUUUAAGAGUAUUAAUCCCUUUGAUUGGUGGAUACUUACUGCGGGAAAGGUCUGGGAUAUAAUAGGUGGGGUGUUGUAGACGACAGCUGAAAACAUUUUGGUAGAUGAUGAUGCAUGCAUGAUUCUUUGGCUUUUUGUCUAGUGCUCUCUGUCAUGCUGAUAUGGUUGUGAUAUACUUACUGUCCAUUGCCAAGAAGCUUUUUACUGAUCAAUACUUUCACUUUUCUUUCA